GUACAGAGAGAGUAGGAUUCUUUCCAAGUCAAUUGAACCUCAAGGCACCCUUCUAUGAUAUGGUACUAUGAUCUCCCUCUGGUUCAUUAAACCACAAAAUAAAAACAAGGGUUUUAUCACAGUGGUGACGAUGAGAGAAUUGACUCCUCUAAUGGGGAAAAGAAGAAGAAUGAUAUAAGGGGUUUGUUUGGUCACAGUGGAAAUUAGUUCGAUGUUCUUCAUGGUGAUGGAUCUCAUCUCCUGCGUUGAUUUCUUUUGUUGGGAUUCCAUCUUGAUUUUCCAUCAUUCACCAUGUACCAAAGGCUUGAACAUCUUUAGCAGGAGCAGCCAGAGUCAUGAACUUUUUGGGUAAAGUAAAGCAGGUAACACCCAUCAUUGCUUUCAGAGCAAGAUUAUGAUCUCUUAGAAAUAAAAUUGAAGUAUAGAUUGGUUUGGUGUGAAGGGUCUUGGAUUCUGUAGGGGAAAAGGAAGAAUGAUAAAACAACUUAUAGGCCAAUUUUUGUGGUAGUUCUAAUUAUCAAAUUGGCCAUUUUUGACUCAACCUCAGCUGCCACCCAACCUAACUUAUCCAAAAUCUAUCUUGUUCAAAGUUCUUGUCUGAAAGGUCUAAACCCUUUUUGCUUUCUCUCCUUUGGCUGGACCCAAACUUCAUCUGGGUCACACGACCCCAGCCAAUUCUGAAAGUUCCUCCUUGUUGAGGUAGUUCAAACCCACCCAGAAGCAUAAGAUAUGCUUUUGUGAUUCCACACUUGAUCUAAACCUGAUAUCAAGAAAGAAAUCUACAAUUCUAUUGAAAGGAUAUGCGUAUACAUCUGACUAGAACUUUUGCCCAUACUGGGACCAUGUAAAGGUGGCUCUUGCCAUCGCAGACAUGGGGUGGGUACCUUGGUUCCUCAGGUCAAGCCGCCCAUGUGGCAUAUGCAUAAGUGCGUGUUUAGUCAAAACUCGGAGAGGCAGAAGGUUGAAUCUCCAAUUAAUUCCUCUUUUGUGAAUUCAUGCCAAACACAUACCACCUAAAACCCAAUCUAUAAGUACUGCAAACUGGUGAAGAUCCCCACAAUUUUCAAAGACCAUUGCUUUCAUAUUCUCCCAAAACAUGGGUGUCACCAGUUUCACACAAGAAUUCACAUGCCCAAUUGCCCCCUCUCGCAUCUUCAAGGCCCUGAUCCUAGACUCCAACAACCUGAUCCCAAAGCUCUUGCCCCAGACCAUAAGAAGCAUCGAUGUUGUCCAAGGAGAUGGAGGAGCUGGAACCAUUGAACAAGUGAACUUCACCGAAGCUAGCAAUCUCAAAUACGUGAAGCACCAAAUCGAAGAAUUGGACAAAGAGAAUUUUGUGUGCAAGUAUCGUAUGAUUGAGGGAGAUGUAUUGGGUGAGGAGCUUGAAUCAAUUGCUCAUGAGGUGAAGUUUGAGGCAGCAGAUGGAGGUAGCAUUUGUAAGAUGGCAAGCGAGUAUCACACCAAGGGAAAGUUUGAGAUUAAGGAAGAAGAGAUAAAAGCUGGUAAGGCUAGAGCUAUGGGGAUAUACAAAGUUGUGGAAGCCUAUCUAUUGGAGAAUCCCCAUGUCUAUGCUUAGUUUCUAUCUUCCUCUAUAUACAUAUUCACACAUAUUUGAUUGUCACUUCUCUGUUGUCCAAUGUUUUCUCUAUUAUAUACUUUAUACUGGUGUUUUGUAUUCUUCAUUACAUGUACCCUUAAUUUUUUUCUUUUUUUCCUUGGCCAAAAUUGCCUCUAAAUUUCCCUAUUGUAAUGUUAUUGACAAAUGGAAAAACUAAGAAAUACGAAUUUUUCUAUUUGAA